AUGAACAUCUUGCGACGUGGGGGUAGUAUCCCUCGUAUUCUGCACACCUGUCAACCCCAGAGUGUUCUCCGCAUUCGAAGCCCCAUCACGUCCGUGCUGAGCCGGGGAUUCCACGCAGGGCCUGCGUUAUGGGGAAUCAAGUCACAGAUCUUAAAAGAUGUCGGUGAAGGCAUCACUGAGGUCCAGAUCAUUCAGUGGUACGUCGAAGAAGGGGCGCACAUUGAGGAAUGGAAGCCUUUAUGUCAGUACCAAUCUGACAAGGCAGUGGAUGAUAUCACAUCGCGGUACGAGGGCGUGAUCAAGAAGCUCCAUUUCGAGGCCGAUGACACUGUUCCAACGGGGCGAGCCUUGUGUGAUAUUGAGGUUGUAGAUGGAAAAUACCAUGAUGACAACCCACCACAUGAAUCACAAGUAGCUCCAGAGCCAGCUGCGCCAAUUCCCGAAUCGCAGAUAGUGGCCGCAACUCAAGCUGCCGAAGGCUCUACAGUACCUCAUUUCUCCCCUCCAUCUUCCGAAGCCAUCCCCGAGAUACCCAAAUCGAAGCAUGCAUCUCUUGCAACCCCUGCUGUGCGCGGACUACUUAAGACCCACAGUGUCGACAUCCUAGACAUCACCGGCACAGGAAAAGAGGGGAGGGUCAUGAAAGAAGACGUCCUAAAAUUCGUUGAAACGCGAGAUUCUCCAACAGCAUCUCUCGGCCCACCACAAUUUUCUACUAUACCAGACACCAAGCAGUCCGAAUCCGAGGUCAAAUUGACGCCAAUUCAAUCGGCUAUGUUCAAAACAAUGACCAAAUCCCUCAACACCCCACACCUACUCUUUGCCGACGAGCUAACAGUCGGCAAUAUCUCUGCAAUCCGAAAAAAGCUUGCCAGCGAUUCUCGGGAUCCUAAGAAAAUCACUCUCCUCCCGUUCAUUGUCAAGGCCGUCUCACUCGCCCUGAACGAAUAUCCCAUCCUCAAUGCAAGGGUAGAUGUCAGCACACCAGAGAAACCGAAAUUGAUUAUGCGAGCAAAGCACAAUAUCGGUAUUGCUAUGGACACACCUACAGGUCUCGUCGUCCCCAAUAUCAAGGAUGUGGCAAGUCGAUCCAUCAUUGAUAUCGCAGCCGAGAUCUCAAGACUCAGUACACUCGGCAAGGCUGGAAAAUUGACAUCUGCUGAUCUGGACGGCGGCACCAUUACCGUCUCAAAUAUCGGCAACAUUGGUGGCACAUACGUUGCGCCUGUGAUUGUGCCAACGGAGGUUGCUAUUCUUGGUGUUGGACGGACGAGGACACUGCCUGUUUUCGAUGAGGCGGGGCAGGUCACCAAGGGCGAGCUAGUAAAUUUCAGCUGGAGUGCUGAUCACCGUGUCAUUGAUGGAGCGACUAUGGCACGUAUGGGUAACCGUGUGAGAGAGUUGAUCGAAUCGCCCGAGUUGAUGCUGCUCAAUCUCAGGUGA